CAAAAUCUAAUAGAUAAUUUUAGGUUAAGUUCCGGACUGAUUAUUUCUCCAGCCUAGUUGGUGUACUAUAGCGCCGGAUUGUGCACUGAAUUCAAAUAGGUGCUGAUGAUUUGAUGUGGUGUUCAUUCCCGCUAUUUCGUGCUUUAUAAUCAUGAUUCGGUAUGUAUCGUGGAAUGGAUGGCGUGUUUUGUUCAGAAUCAGCAGUCAAGCGCAAGCAGCAAGCUCUUCUGCUGCAGCUGCUGUUGGUCUCCAUCCUUCUCCGUGCUCAGAAUCGGCAUCUAAGGUACCUGAACCUGCAGCCGAUAUAUCAUCAACAGUGAUUUCGCCACCAGAGAAUCAGACAGAGGAAACGAGUACGUCGGACUCUAAACCAGUAAAGAGAAUAAAAGAGAAUAAAAGUAGCAUAGUAGCUGCAGCAUUUGCUUCUUUAAAAAGUAUUGAAGCCCCCCAGAAACAAUCCCCAUCGUUGGAUGAAAGGAUUGCUGCAGCGGGUUCUGUGGAAUCAUUGCUAUCUAUGGCUGAAGCACCCCAGUUGUCACGCCGACAUGCCUUACGAAUUGUUUCCCAACUUGCCGAUUGGACUACAAAUGGUCGUGCUAAGCUUUCAGAUUUCGAAGCAGAUACCCGAUUCUUGAAGCUCUGUCGCUUAUUGGGACGUUGGCUACCCAAGAGCUCGCAGACUUUUGAAAAGGAAGCAUCAGGGAUCGGUGAUCUGGCCGUUGUGCUUGGAGUCACAGGAGAUGAUGAAGCUGCCAAACUUGUGGCAGGUGUCUCUUUGAAUCAGAUGAUUAGGAUAAUGACAUCAUUGGCGCAGAAGCAACGUCGCUCGACUGCAUUACUACGUUCAUUGGCAUUCAAUAUGGCAAGACAGACAGAAAAACUGAACAUAAAGGAAUGUGCCGACUUGCUAUAUGCCAUGGCAACAUUAAACUUCCCAGAUGACUUGUUGCUGGAGAAGACAUGUGACGAUCUACAUGAAUGUGUGGCAUUCAACCAGAAACCGGCUGUCAUAGGUUCUAUCCUCACAAGUCUUGGUCUUCUAAGAUACAAGAAUACAGAGGUACUGGAUAUAUUGGCAGAAUGGGUGGCAGACCAUGUCACCAUUUGCAGGCCUCAUGAUUUGACAGCUUUGUUCAUUACGCUGGCCACAGUAUUUCACAUGCCACACAAUGCAGAUCGUCUCUUCGAUAUUGUGUUGCCUCAAGUGACGCUGCAAGAUGUACGGAGUCCCUCAGCAUGGCUGGAUGUUGUAUGGUCCCUAGUUGUGCUUGACUGUGCCACUCCACAACAAGUAGCAUCUGUACUUAAUCCUGACUUCUGUGACAAACUGAUUGUCAGGACAGACAAAAGUCAGAAGAUAAACGUCGCUUCGAAGCUGAAGCUUUUGAAUAUAAAUGCUGCUGCACAAUUAAAGAUCCCAGGAUACAAAGGUCCACUGUUGCCAUCCGAUUCAGAUAUCCAUAGUGUUCCACUUGUUCGAUCAAGAGACAAACAGCUUCUCGUUGCCUCUAUCUUGGAUUCGUUCUCAAAUCUUCUGCCCUCGGCGACAUAUCUACGCACCAACAUAGACACUGGAAUGGGAUUCCUUCUAGAUGGUGAAUGUAUGUUGGAUUCCAAGUGCAACCCAUUGCCUGUCACUGUCGAAGUGAUGAAGUCGGGCUCUGUUGAUGCCCAGAAAAAGCCAGGCAUCUCUGUUGACAGGAAGUAUAUAGAAACAUCCAAUACACUAGGAUCACAUGAGACGGCUCGUACUACAGUGAAGGGAACCAGAAUUGGGAUCCUGGCGUGGGAUUACCGAGAUAUGUGUCGUGGCAUCCCAGAACCGAAUGGUGUGGCAGUACUGAGUAUGAAGUUGCUGGAAAAAGCUGGUUACAAAGUGUUGUCCAUCCCUUAUACCAAGUACAAUCCUCGAGAGAAGUUGGUGAGAAGGGUGCAGUAUCUGGAUCAUCAGUUGAAGUCAGUAGUCAGAGGUUCCUAGAUUCAUGUUAAAAUGAUAAUUUAUGUUGCAGUGAUAAGUAGGAAUUAUAAAAAUUAAUUUAUCAACAAAUGGUCAGCACACAGCUGUUUUUAAUAGUGUAUGAUUCCAUUCCAUGGGCACUGUAAAAUAUGUAAAUAUCUGCAUUAUUUGUAUUGUGUGCCACUUGGAACUGUAAAUCUACCCAGACUUACACAUGUUCAGCUGACAUUAAUUUUGUGUUAAUGUGAUUUGUAUGAAGUUUUUAAUGAAGACUAAAGAGACGGUGAAAUUUUUUGUAUGAAACAAAAGUAUGAUUAGGACCUGUAAAUGACUGAAAUGAAUGGUAUUAAAAUUAACUGGAUUACA